AUGAAAGGUAUAACGUCCAUAGCAAGAGGUAUGGCUGCUUCGACUUCAUGUCAGCGCUUGCCUGCUUUGAUCGAUAUAUCGGUCAGACCUUCCUUGCAAACGGCAAAACUUUCGCCAAUCGUCUGUUCGCCAUAUCCGAGUAGAUCACCUUGGAUUGCACGACAGAGCAGUACUUCAACAAGUACGAUUGGGUCAUUAAAUCAAGAAAGUAUCGUGACACAGCCACAAUCAGAAAGAGCGGCUGAAAGCAGGGUGUUGUUCACCUCUGGAAGAAGGAAGCUAGGUAGAAAUGCCGACUUUAAAGAAUUGAAGGAUAUCAGCGAGGGAACGACAUUAGCUCUGCUCAGAGUUUUGGGUAUAUUGGAUACGGAGAGCUAUAGCCAAACCGGUAGAGCCCUACAACAUACGCAAGAAGUCAUUCAGAGAAGGUAUCCAGAUCUGAACUCUCGUCAGGUAAACUUGCAAGCAAUUUUGGUCCAUUUACUUCGUACGUCAUCAAGGAUUGGCAAUAGAGUCUCACCGGAGGAGUUGAUACGCAUACAUUGGAGCUUGGUGAAGGAUCCGAAUUCAAUACUUGAGAAGCUUGUGAAAAGUGUCCCAUCAAUGGAGGAUAUUUCAAAGAUUACCCUACAAAAGAUACCCAUGUGCCAAGAAAGUUUGCAAACAUUCAAAACCUUACUCAAACAUACACGCAAACACAAUAGAACGAGAUUGUUCAAUAUCAUUAGAAAUUAUGCACGUCGUUUCUAUUUUGGAACUGAUUCACACUUGUUACAAUCAUCAAAAGAGAGGAUGAAGCGACAGGCAGAGAUGGAACAGGUGGAUGUGAUGGUUCAAUCUUUGAUGCUCUCUUCUUCUGCCAAGCGAGCAUUUCAUCACAAUUUGACAAACAGAGGCGGAUUGGCUCGAAAAGGCAGAAUGAGAUCAACAAGCUCUCCCCAAAGCAUCUUCAAGUCCCAUAAUGAUAUCCACGUCAUGUCUAAAAUAUUACGUACACGUUAUGGAGCACUGAAGCCAAAAAGAGUUCAAAGUUCGCAGGAUGUUGAUUCGAAGAUUGAAUAUCGUCUAUCCAGACAUGCUGCUGAUUCAGCACAUCCACCGCUACAUCACAGUCGCAGGACGAGAAAGGUGAAUCGUCUCAUUCAAAGAGCUAUGUCAGGUGGACAGAUGCCAAGACUACGACCUACUACUUCUAUGCUUGCCCCUUCCACUGAACUUUAUGAAGAAAAAGGCUCAAGAGAUAAUGCCUCACAAACGCUGCUCAAGAGCGUCGAAAAGACAUUUCCAUCAUUCCUGAAGAAGAACAAGGAGAGCGAAGCAGCGAUGAGAGCAAUAGACGAGGCAAUGCCGACUUUACAGGAAAGGGCGGCAAAGAUGGAUGUUAUCGAUCGUGAAGUUCGAGCAUGGCGUGAGAAUGUACGUCUUUGGCAUUUGAGAAGGGCAAAUGUGACGAAGAAUCUGAUAAGAGUGGCUACUGAAUCUUCAAACGAUUCAAAUGUGCCUGACCCUCAAUCUCAAGAAUGCAAACCUCCUCCUUUGUUACCGACUUGGCUCUUUUCGGCAGCUUUGCAAGCACACGUUGAAACGGGUAGACCACGUAUGGCAAAUCAUAUUGUUCAACUUUAUUUACAGAUGCUCUAUCAGAAUAGAGAUGUGAAAAGUGAACAAUUGGUUCACAUUUUACCCGUCAGUCCGUCCAUCGUUCGAGCUAUAACAAAUCCUUUACAUCCGCCACGUUCAGAAAUGGUUCUGAAUGCUCUUUUGCGUGUUCAGCUUAUGAGCGGAAUGACGGAUGCUUGGGAAGCGAUGUUGAGCGUAAUCGAGAAAUGGUGCAGCGGAGGAGAAGGAUUUGCGGAUAAAGUUCGAAAAGCAUGUGGUAUGAAAUCAGUUGAAGAAUCCAACAUUCUGGAUGCACAUCGAAACCUUCGCCCGCACCAAGAUACAGGUAUGGCUUGCCUUCAUCCAAACGAAACAAGUAUCCUGCUCGUGUUGGAAGCUUUAGGCACACGUCAUGGAAGAAAAGCCAAAGCCAAAGCUGUGGUGAAGGAAGCGCUUUUGCGAUGGGGACCUGAAGAUAUGAUACCUGAUUCUCUCCAACCAAUUCUUGAAAGUUCACCAAGGGGUCAUAAUUCCACGUUUACUCCAACUACACGCACCUUUCGAGCCCUUUUGCGAAUCGCAUUUGGCUACAACAAAGACCGGGCAUAUAACAAUGCCGUUCUGCAGCUAUUUGAUGAAUGGCUUGAAUGUAUCAACCUCAAAGCCCUCUCUUCUGGGUAUGAGACAAGUGUGUCCCAAGUCAAGUCAUUGAUGUUCCACCGUGUUGCCUACGAAGCACAUAGAGAACAAUCGAGAUGGAAAAAGGUCAUCAAAAAAUGUUUACGUGAACGUCAAAUCACAGAAGAACAAGCAAACGAAGUUCUUGCAAAGAGCUCGUUUAAAUUCUGA